AUGAAGAAAGGGAUGGAGGCCCCCCAACAUGCGCACAGGGCAAUAUUAGCCUGGUUUAAUUCAAGAGAGUUCAACGUCCCUUUCUCGGGAAGUGGGGAGAGAGCAGAUCUCCAGUUACAUGCUGGGGUCUUAUAUACCCCAGACUAUUUAAUUUUUUUGUAUUUUUUUUUUUUUGUAUGUACAUCAUAGGUUUUUUUUUCUGUGUUAUGGCUGCAAUUAGCAGAGAUGUCUCACUGUUUGCAGCUGUAACCUGCCAAUUACUCUAUGUUCCCUCCUGGCAUUGUGCCAUCUCUGCGCUCUCUCAGAGUUAUGCUUGGAAUCGAACCCACAAGCUGUUCUACUUAUCUUAUUUCCGAAUUUCAAGCACAACUUGUUUUUUUCCGACGUGCCAUUUUUCAGAUGCUAGUCAAUCUGUUAGUGGAUAACAUUGCCAGUUGACAAAAUAAAGACUGGAAUAACAGCCAAGGUUAUUCACUAAAACUAGAAUUGUGGAGAAUUGACCAGGGAAACCCAAGUUCUAGAUCACAACAGGUGAGAUGUUAAAGUAAUGUCUAAUGUGGUUGAUUAUGUGACCUAAAAUUUCAAAUUUCCUUGUUAUCACCCAACAUUUCUGGUUUAGUUAAUAUCCCUUGCAUACAAUAUUUCCCACCACCAACUUGAUAGUGUUUAACUUACAACAUUCUUGGUACAAUCGAAUAAAUUGCAGCUUUCCCAGCCCCCUUACAAACAAUAUAUAAACUAUAUAAACUAGUAUGGGAUGCAGCUGUCCUCUAUAAAAUAAAUACAGCAUAGUGUAAUAAAAGAAAAACACACAGUUUAGUGCUGAUAAAAUCUUGUAAUUACAAGAGUAUGUCAGCAUAUAUAGAUGCCUCCCCCAAUUUGGGGAUGGGGGGCUAGUGUGAAUUGCUUGUUUUGCCUUAUAAUAGGCUCUCAUCUGCCGUGCUUCAAAGCAGUCACUCCUGUAAGGAAGACAUUUACGUGAAAUUAUAUAUACUGGUAUUAAAAAAAUAUAUAUAUAUAUAUACUGUCCAACGCGUGUCUUCAAAAAAAGGACGCUCUCAGGGAGCAGUUAUAAAACAUGCAAUGAUAAAAAAGUACAAUACAAAUCAAGUAUGAUCAAAAAUGAUUUACAUGCAAUUUACUGUUUGCUAGUAAAGCCCUAAAUGCCUGUAAUUAAUCUAUACAAUUACUGUAAAUCUUUUUUUACUGUUCUACACAUGGUAAAGCUUAUUGAUUACCAGUGUCUGACUCACACACAAUAGCUUUAAGUGAUGUUCUACUAAGUGUCAUAAACGGAAGAUAUAUCCUGCUGAGAUAACCACAGCACAGGCUCUCUCAAUUCACACGUGACAGACGGUACUUGUCAUUUUUUGUCUGUGUUUUUGCAGCCAAUGCUGAUACUUGUGAACGUUCAGAUCGGGGACAAUCCUGCAAAGAACUACAAGAUUAUAAAACAACUACAAAUGUAUCUCCGUCAGCAAACAGACCCCAGCGCGAUCCCCCCACUGUGCGCUUGUCAGGAUGUGACAUGAAUCACACUGAUCCCCUAAUGAACAUGGUGAGUCUGUUACAUUUGCGAUGCAGGUAUAUAAAUAAUUAUGAAGGCCUCUUAAUAGAAUUCUGUAAAAUGCUGUCACGUUGGAUUCUGAAUGACAUUACGUGAUACUGCAGAAUAACAUUUAUGUUAUAUUAAAGGCACAUUCAGAGAAGCAAAACUGCAACCAGGAGCACAUCAUGAAAAUAGUUAUCCAGAAAUGUACAAAAAAUAGAUAUUUAUUUUUUUGCUUAAUGAGAAAUGCUAUAGUUUUUAAAUAGAAUUUGAAGCCUUACAUUAACCCCUGGAUAGAGCUCUCCAGUCCAAAAUGAAAUCUGCUUUUUACUUUACCGGGGUGCUAGCAGGCCAACCCCCUAUCGAUUAAUGAAAUAAUUGUCUCGAAGCUGAGCCACUCUUGGUUACCACCCCCCAAGUUGCUUCGGAUUCUGAGUGUGUUAGAGACGAAUUCUCUGUCUAUCAUGCCUAUUCUGAGUAUGACGCGUGAAAGAGCAUGUUUUCUUUUGUUUUAAUGUAUUAUAUGUUGUGUUACUCCUCUCUUUAAAAAGAAAAAAAUGUCUUGUUAGAUAUAUAAGUAACUCUCUCAUAUCUUGUUGACUUAUAAUGUUGUACUAGUGACUAUAAUACUUGUCAUUUCCCAUUGACUCACGACAAUAAAAAGAGUUUAAAACUAAUUGAAAUGGAAAAGGGCUGAGCCAUACUGUCACCUUCUCUGUCUUUCAAAGGAAUUAGUAUUAUCAAAGUAUUCAACCGUUUAGCUUUCUCUCAUUUCCAAAUACAUUUCAGUGUCUUGGUACUCACUUCACUGACCUGGUAAGGAGGGAAAGCUGAACUGACAAUAGCAGGUACCAAACCUGUGACUGUGAAGCUGACAUUUCUGAAAUGGAUGUGCCGCAUUCCCUUGCACAAAUGAAUGGGAGACAUUCACAAGCAGCUUGAGACUUACACUCUGCAUGAGGAUAUCCGGUGUCGGCAAAAUCCCCAUAGGAAAGCUUUAAUUUAAUGCUUCUCCGUGGGGAGGGCCUAAUGCCCUUGUGAUGCUCGCUAUGAAAGCACAUUAGGUCUGCACAUAAGAUGUCCCUCGGAUAAGCGAAUAAAGGGUUUCCAUAGGAUCCUCAUAUGUUAAUCCUUGGUUAUGUUGGAUUGACGUUUAUAUUGUUUCUGUAGAUAUAUAUUCAGAAGCAUUUUUAAUUUAAUACUGUGACAACUUAUUGAUUUCUGUCCCCAACUCAGGACAUCAGACAAUCAGCAGAUCUUCAGCAAUCCUUUCUGUGCAGACUUGAUUAUAAAAGACAAGACCCUCUUGAUUACCAUGAGGUGUUUUCCAAGGACGGUCCACAUUUUUACCAGUUUACAUCACCAAGAGCUGAGCCUGAAAUAACUUGUGAGAACAGGGGCAAGCUUCAGAGAAACACAGAGGCUUUCCAAAAUAAAGAGAAACAAAGAAAUGUUCAAAAUCUCUCUAAAACCACGUACAAACCAAGGCACAAGCGGACUUGUUCACAAGACGAUUUUCAAAUGGUCCUUCCAUCUACACAUGAUGGUCUCAAACACCCCACCAGCCAUACAUUUUGCAAGGUGUAUGAACGAGAGACUCCCACUAGAAAACCAUUCCAAGAGAUCUUUCCUAAGCAGGUGAACCGAACAAGGCUAAACAUCAUGCAAAGACCCACAGGAGGAAGCCAAACUUCCGAUGAUGUUCUCUGUAGAAUAUGGAACCAUGACAGUGACCAUAAAAACAGUUCAAAGAUGUCAAGUAAUUACCUGACCACUUCUUCUGAAGAGCCUAGGCUGUGCUAUAGAGAAGUUACCCAACACAGCAUAUUUUCUGAAGACAAGUUUCAGAGUUAUCAUGGCCUUCCUCUACAAGGUUUGGAAACCAACUCCUCUCCUGUUCUCGGGAGUUUUCUAUUUGAGGAAAGUAAAUUUGUGUCAGAAACUGAAUCAUUUGUGCAGAAACCCAGAGUCCCAAGGCUAGAUCCACAGAUAAUGUUGCAUCAGAAUAUACACCCAUCCAUACCAAUCUGGAGAUGGAGAAAUAUUUGUGAGCCCCCCGAGGAUAACUUGUGGAGUGUCAAAUCUACUCCAACAAAGGACUCUUUACAGGCAAGCCACACAAGUAGUGUGUGGGACAGAAACUGGCAAAGUAGUGAAAACUGGUCACUCUUUCCUUCUUCUGAGUCCAUGGAAGAAGUAAACUCAUUUAAUAGUCCUCCACGUGAAAGGUCUCUCAGUAAGUCACUAUUAGGUAGGCUGAGCCCUGAUGCUUGGUUGUUCCCAAGAAUGAAACUCUAUUGAUAAAACUGUACAAUAAUUUAUCAAAUGGGGACAAAUUAACCCCAGACUAUUGUUUAAUGCCCUAUAUUAUCAACUGUAACUUUAAUAAACACUAGUUCAAUCUACAUCUGUAACUGCAAAAGUCCUGGGUGUAAUAAGCCUACAUAUAUAGCUGCAUAAAAACUGGAUACACAUUAUUCUAUACCCGCCCUAUAACUACAGUAAACACUGGGCGUUACCCUUUACCUCCCACUAUAACUACAAUAAACACUGGGCCUUAUAAUAUACCGCCCACUAUAACUACAGUAAACAUUGGGCGUUAUCCUGUACCUCCCCCAAAAACUACAAUAAACACUGGGCGUUAUCCUAUACCUCCCACUAUAACUACAAUAAACACUGGGUGUUAUCCUAUACCUCCCACUAUAACUACAAUAAACACUGGGCGUUAUCCUACACCUCCCACUAUAACUACAAUAAACACUGGGCGUUAUCCUAUACCUCCCACUAUAACUACAAUAAACACUGGGCGUUAUCCUACACCUCCCACUAUAACUACAAUAAACACUGGGCGUUAUCCUACACCUCCCACUAUAACUACAAUAAACACUGGGCGUUAUCCUAUACCUCCCACUAUAACUACAAUAAACACUGGGCGUUAUCCUAUACCUCCCACUAUAACUACAAUAAACACUGGGCGUUAUCCUACACCUCCCACUAUAACUACAAUAAACACUGGGCGUUAUCCUAUACCUCCCACUAUAACUACAAUAAACACUGGGUGUUAUCAUGUUCAGUUCCCUGUAACAAUAACCCAACCCUGA